CCUCUGUUUUGCCCUUUCACUCCCCUAGACUCCUACUUUCUCUGAUACAAUUUUUUGUUUGUUUCUUGUGUAAUUUAAAGAUUCUCUAUAACCUUAAUAGCAUUCAUAAACCGGAUUGGAUCCAUUGUGAGAGAAUGAAUCACUCCACUUCUGACCAGAGCCUCUACAUCGAGAGUGAUGAUGGAGAUGACGAGAGAAAACACUUGUCCGACGAUGAAGACGACGAUGGAACUCUUUCUGAUACUUCUGACGCUUACAAUCAAAACCAACAUCAUCUGUCUAAAGCUAGCCCAUACUCAACGGCAUGGCCUAAGAGUUAUAGGCAAUCGAUUGAUAUGUUUGGAAGUGUACCAUCACCAAAUUUGGGUUUUCUUGCUAAUUCUUCUAUGUCGAGAAGAGGAAGCUCAUUCAUGUCUUCGACACUGACAAGAAGACAUACUCCAGAAUCAUUACCUUGUGUUACAAAGCCUCUCCUAGAAGAUGAAGAAGCACCAAAACAUAAACUUAGCACUCAUUCUUUGCUUCCGUCGAAACCAUCGUCAUCCAUGGUGGUGUCUCAUGAUAUGGGAAUCUCCAAUGAUAGCUCCUUUGGACAGGCUGUUCUUAAUGGAGUGAAUGUUUUAUGUGGGGUUGGAAUAUUGUCAACACCAUAUGCUGUGAAGGAAGGAGGAUGGUUGGGACUUAUCAUUCUCUUUGCAUUUGGUAUUCUUUGUUUUUACACCGGUUUGCUUCUGCGGUACUGCCUCGACAGCCACCCCGAUGUCCAGACCUAUCCUGAUAUUGGCCAUGCCGCUUUUGGUUCCACCGGCCGCAUCCUGGUCUCCGUAAUACUCUAUAUGGAGUUAUAUGCUAUGAGUGUUGAAUACAUAAUAUUGGAAGGUGAUAAUCUUUCAUCAAUGUUUCCAAAUGCUAGUCUAAGUAUUGGAGGGUUUCACUUAGAUGCGCCUCGUCUAUUUGCUCUGCUUACCACCCUCGCUGUUCUCCCAACCGUUUGGCUUCGAGAUCUCAGCGUACUAAGUUACAUUUCAGCUGGAGGGGUGAUUGCAUCAGUGUUGGUGGUUUUGUGCUUGUUUUGGGUUGGUUUGGUUGAUGAUGUUGGUAUUCACAGCAAAGGAACUCCACUAAACCUCGCAACAUUACCGGUUUCUGUAGGACUCUAUGGUUAUUGUUACUCAGGACAUGGUGUUUUCCCUAAUAUUUACACUUCAAUGGCCAAACCAUCUCAAUUUUCUGCUGUUCUCUUGGCAUCUUUUGGAAUUUGUACUCUUAUGUAUGCGGGUGUUGCUGUUAUGGGAUAUAGCAUGUUUGGAGAAUCAACAGAAUCACAGUUUACUCUUAACUUGCCUCAAGAUUUGGUUGCAUCUAAGAUUGCUUUGUGGACUACAGUUGUUAAUCCAUUUACCAAAUAUCCUUUAUCAAGAAAUAUUCAGAGACUUUUCAUUUAUCUCUUUGCAAUGAGUCUUGAGGAGUUAAUACCAUCAAACUAUGGGAAGUCACGUUUCUACGCAAUCGCCAUUAGAAGUGCAUUAGCCAUCUCUACUCUGCUCGUUGGUCUUGCGAUUCCCUUCUUCGGCCUUGUCAUGUCACUGAUUGGAUCAUUCUUGACAAUGCUCAUUUUUCUGGACACAGACGCUGAUACUACCGCCAGCUUGUUUCUUGAGCAUCUUAAGGAAAAAAGUAACCCCUACUCAGGUGACAAUCUGUAUCUUAAUUAUGACAGUAGGAGCAGUAUGUUCAGUCAUUGGCACAUAUUCAGCCCUUGCAAAGAUCAUUGA